UCUUGCAAAAAGUCAAUCAAUCAAAAUCAACAAUUAUAUUUUGUUAGCCGAAUAGAGUUUUAUUUGUAAUGAUAGUUUUAUCAAUUCACUGGAAAACAGGAACUGAAAUUAUCAGUAUCAGCUGAUCCACAAGCUUACAUGAGUUUGUCAGCUGACUCUGCUGAAAUCAAUGAUUGUUUGACAAGUGAAAACCAAGGAAGAAGGAAGCAAGCAAGUGAAUUUGAGGUUAAAUUGUGUUCACAAUCUUUUUACAGAACACAACUAUUGUCGGCCGAAUUAAAGAUGGUGUGUGUUCCAUGCUUCAUGAUACCAUUCCUGCUUAUCGUUUGGCGCAUUCUCCAGCCUUUCAUCCUGAGGUUUUGGAAUCCAUGGCAAGUAACAGACAAGGAUGGUAAAAAGGUUACCAAAGUCCCGUUCAAUUGCGUCAACUGUGUGGAAAAAACAGAUGAAGAUGGCAACACAAUAAUGGAGUGCCCCAUUUCAAAGAAGCCCGCAAGUAACGACAGUGAAACUCAUCUGAAAUCUUCAUGAACCUCUUGUAUUUUAUUUCUUCUCAUUAUUGGAAUAUCAAUGGCUAUUAUAUUUGAGUUUAGAGAGCACUGGCAAAAACUGAAAAAUUUCCACAAAUCUAAGUUUUUGUUAUUUGAAAAUGGAAAAACCCAGAAGUGAGUUUCGUUCUGGAGUAUUGAUUAAGUUGAUAUACUAUUAUUAAUAAUGAUUAAUGCUAGUCAUUCCACGUACACUGAAAUUUCACCUCAGUAUGCUGCUACAGUUACGGAACACUACAAGCACAAAUUUGAACCAACAGUUUUUAAUUGAAUCUCCUUAGAAAGUCCGCUUGUAUUCCUAUCAAUUCUUGAAGCGUUGUUUUCUUCAUUCCGUUUUCACAUAACUAAUUUUCUACUAUCCAAACAUGUUUUUUAAUCAAGAUUUGUUUUUUGUUAUGUAUUGUUCAAAACUAUUAAAUCUGUUAUAAGUUAAA